GCGGGCUAGGCCUCCUCCCAGAGCUGGACCGCUCCUGGCGGCCGCCUGCAGUCUUCUGCAUCCUCAGCCUCCUUCCUGGGUCCCAGGGAACGUGUGGGUCGCAGUCAUCCUCGGGGGCGUGUCUGCAUAGUCCUUUCUGGGUAGAAGCCGUGAGAUGUGUGGUGCUUGAGUUUGCGCAGACAAGUCAGACUCUUCCGUAAGUUCAGCUCGUUCUCAGACCUAGGAUGGAAGACUCAGCACCGGUGGGAAGCCAGGGUCAGCUGCCAAGCCCCCACCACGGCUCACUGAGGAGGGCAGUGGCUGCUGUCCUGGCCCUGGAUGGGGAAUCCACAUUGGGCCGUAGGAAGAAGAGGAGGAAAGACUCUCGCCCAGAAUCCAUCAUCAUCUAUCGGUCAGAUAAUGAGAAGACGGAUGAGGAGCCUGAAGAAACUGAAGCUGGAGAUCGGCCUAAGGAGGAAGAGGGGGAGGACUUCCUGGACUACCCUGGAGAUGAUGGUAUGUGGAACAUGCCUCUGGACAGCCGCUAUGUCACACUAACUGGGACCAUCACACGAGGGAAGAAAAAGGGUCAGAUGGUGGAUAUCCACGUCACUCUGACAGAGAAGGAGCUGCAGGAGCUGACCAAACCCCAGGAGCUGUCAAGGGAAGCAGCACCCGAGGGAAGAAGGGCCUGCCAGGUGGGGGCAGACCAGGGGCCACAUGUGGUCCUCUGGACACUGGUCUGCCUGCCUGUGGUCUUUGUCCUCUCCUUUGUUGUGUCUUUCUACUAUGGCACCAUUACCUGGUACAACAUCUUUCUUGUGUACAAUGAAGAAAGGACCUUCUGGCAUAAGAUUUCCUGCUGCCCGUGCCUCAUUCUCUUCUAUCCAGUGCUCAUCAUGGCUAUGGCCUCUUCCCUGGGGCUCUAUGCUGCCGUGGUCCAGCUCUCAUGGUCCUGGGCAGCAUGGUGGCGGGCUGCCUGUGACAUGGAGAAAGGCUUCUGUGGCUGGCUCUGCAGCAAGCUGGGUCUGGAGGACUGUUCUCCCUACAGCAUUGUGGAGCUGCUGGAGUCUGAUAAUAUCUCCAGCAAUCUCUCCAACAAGGACCCUAUCCCGGAAGUAGAAACCUCUACUGUGUAGACUGCCGGUGACUUCCUUCCCCGGCCCUAGUAGUAGUCUAUAGUCUAUACUACAGAAUCUAGAGUCUUUCCUUAAACUAUCUAAUACCCUCUAUAGUCCUGGAAAAUCCAAGUUCACACUGGUGUAUCCCACCAUCUUCAUUAUUUCAAGGUGGUGCAAAACAGAAAAGCGACUUGUGCCAAAGCAGUUCAUUUGAAAUACAAAUGCUUCUUGACUCUUUGCCCUAAAAUGACUGCUUAUGUGGGAUAUGAAUCGUAAAUUUCUUCAGGGGCCCAAACGUGUUAUUGGUGCCUAUAACCCAGGGGAGUGUGUGCCUAAAUGUGACAGAAAAUAUAAAGAGGCUCAGAGGUGACAAUCUACCAAGAAAAUAGAUGGGGAUGAAGCAAGACAUUUAGGGAGCAAGGCUACUAAUCUAAAAACUGUGUGCAUCACUGUAUUUAGAUAGAACUGCAUAUAACUAAAGCCACAAACAUCAGUGUGCUAAACAAGAGAGAAACGCACAUCAUUUUUAUACAUAUGCUGGAGGCAGACCAUCCCAAGACUCUAUGAAAUUUUCUGGAGUUCACAGGAUAGCAGAAUGUGAUCCUCAGUGCUUCUCAAUGUUGACUACAUCUCUAACUGUCAUACCAAUGGAGAUGGAAAGGAGAGCACACUCAACCUGUUUAAGGAGGCUUUAAAAGUUCACCCCCUCCCAUACUCGUUCUCAAUAUUUAUUGCCUCUCAUUGACCACACUAUAGUCACAUGACCUCACAAUCAAAGGAUGCUGGGAAAUGUAAUCUUUCAUCUGGGUAACUAUAUUCUUAGAUGAAUACUGGGGUUAUGUGAAUUUGAGAAAAGAGGAAUAGUGGCUAUUGGGUAGUUGAGUAUAAAUCAACAUCUUAGGACAGGUAUUUAGAUAAAUCCAGAAUUCCAAAUUCUAAUGCAGCUUUAUUUAUUUGUUUGUUUAUUCAUAUAAUUAUUUUGGCCCUAGUCUUAUAUGGAGAGUUUAUACAUAGAUCUGAGUUACAUGCACUAUGCAUAUGCCUUAGAUAGUAGUAUCUCGUGUACUUGGCAACUUACCUUUUGUCAAGUGGUUUCAGGGUUCUUUGGGAAGACCCAUUAGAUAGAAGCAUAGGUCAUACAAUCAUAGCACAAUUCUUCCUGGAAAGGAAGGGGAACAGGGAUUAACAAUAUUUAAUCUAUAAAGAUGGAGAAGAGAGAGAGUACAUGUACCAAAUGCUAACCCAGCAGGGAUCAGUAGCUCAAAAUACAAACCACAGCUAGCCUGUGGUUUCACCAAACCCAGGAGCCUUAUUCUCUCAGACCUUUAUAACAUGAAGCUUCUCUGACAGGGUUAGGAGUAAUAUAACAGAUUAAUCCAAAUGGAAAGAUUUUGGACUGGAGAAAUAACAACUUCAUUUUUAAGAGUAUCCUGAUUUAAAAAAAAGUUGAGUCCUAAGAGGUCAGCGAGUUUUGGGGUUUGGGUUCUUAAAAGGAGUGAUGAUCAUUUUUUUAAAUUUAAUUUAAUUUUUUUUUGGUGUGUGUGUCUCAGAAGGAAGUGCUCUGAAGCACUCAGUGAACCAGAGGGGUUGAUCAAGCUCCCCAAAAGCCUGCCAGGGACAUUUAUUUAAUGUAUGGUGCUGAACUUCACUUUCAGAGAAUUAAAAAAAAAUCCUGUUAUUAGUUUGCUCAAAAGGAAAAGAAAAUGUAUCCAGUAUUUUUGAGGACAGCUGUGGUGCUUUCUGGUGCAUUUCCAGAGAUAUGAAUAAAAUAAAUGAAAAUAAAGACAAUGAA